CUGUGAUUCAUAGUUACAAAAAUAUAGUACCUGUUGUAUUUCAAGAUUGGAUACUUUCUGAAUCACUGAUUCCUCAACUGCGUUCGUCGUUGGAUUCUUGCGCAGUGGUACAAUUUACAUGUGGGUGAUUGCCGGUUGUGGUGGAAACGGGAGACAAUAUUCGCGUUAAAUUUUGAUUAGAAAUUGACAAUAUAGAUCGUAAUUGAAUGAAAAUGAAUCCCGAAGUUACAAUGGAACUAAUUCAAGUGUUGGAGAAGACUGUUUCGCCAGAUAAAACUGAAUUGGAACAGGCACAAAAUUAUCUGGAACAAGCGGCACAAACAAAUUUGGGUGAGUUCCUGAAAACCUUAUCAGAUAUACUGCAUCAUGGUGGCAAUAGUCCGGUGGCGAGAAUGGCAGCUGGACUGCAGCUCAAGAAUACUCUUACAUCCAAGGACACUGCUCUUACGACACAGUACCAACAGAGGUGGCUUGGUUUUCCAGAGGAGACCAGAAGUUAUAUUAAGAAGAAUAUAUUAGCUGCUUUAGGAACUGAAAAUAACCGUCCAAGUUCAGCUGCUCAGUGUGUGGCCUACGUGGCAGUUGCAGAAUUACCUGUUGGUCAAUGGCCAGAAUUGAUUGGCAUUAUGGUUAAUAAUGUUAUCAGUGCAACGAGUACAGAAAUGAUGAAGGAAGCAACACUCGAAGCCAUAGGUUACAUAUGCCAAGAUAUUGAACAUGAAGUGCUGGUUUCACAAUCUAAUCACAUACUUACUGCAAUAAUUCAUGGAAUGAGGCAAAAUGAACCAAGUAACAGAGUCAGAUUGGCUGCAACGACUGCUCUUCUUAACUCUUUGGAAUUCACCCGAGCAAAUUUUGACAAGGAGUCGGAGAGGAACUUCAUCAUGGAGGUUGUGUGUGAAGCUACCCAAUCACAGGAUACUCAAGUGCGAGUUGCAGCUCUUCAGUGUCUGGUGAAGAUAAUGUCACUUUAUUACCAGUAUAUGGAGCCAUACAUGGGGCAGGCAUUGUUUCCAAUUACAUUGGAGGCUAUGCGCUCAGACAUUGAUGAAGUUGCUCUGCAGGGAAUUGAAUUCUGGUCAAAUGUAAGUGAUGAGGAAGUAGAUUUAGCAAUUGAAGAUAGUGAGGCUGCUGAAAUUGGUAGACCACCUCAGAGAACAUCAAGGUUUUAUGCCAAGGGUGCUCUUCAGUUUCUUGUACCUGUGUUGAUGCAGAAGUUGACGAAACAAGAAGAAUUUGAUGAUGAUGAUGAAUGGAACCCGAGUAAGGCAGCUGGGGUGUGCCUCAUGCUUCUUGCUACAUGUUGUGAAGAUGACAUAGUUCCAUUUGUCCUUCCAUUUGUCAAAGACAAUAUAAAAAGUACUGAUUGGAGGUACAGGGAUGCAGCGUUAAUGGCUUUUGGUUCUAUUUUAGGUGGCUUGGAACCAAAAACCCUGAAGCCACUUGUAGAGCAGGCAAUGCCCACAUUAAUAGAACUUAUGUACGAUAGUAGUGUUGCUGUGAGAGACACUGCAGCAUGGGUUUUUGGGAGGGUGUGUGAAAUAAUACCUGAGGCUGCAAUCAAUGAAACAUACUUGAAACCUUUGUUGGAGGCACUUGUGAAUGGACUUAAAGCAGAACCACGUGUUGCUGUAAAUGUCUGUUGGGCAUUUACAGGACUAGCAGAAGCAAGUUAUGAACAAGCAGUAGGGAAAGAGGAACAGACACAACCAGAAACCUAUUGUUUGUCGCAUUAUUUUGAGUUUAUUGUUCAGAGGCUGUUGGAAACUACUGACAGAGCUGAUGGUGCACAAGCAAAUCUUCGCUCAGCAGCUUAUGAAGCAUUAAUGGAAAUGGUUAAAAAUUCUCCAAGGGAUUGUUACAUUACAGUGCAAAAGACAACAAUGGUUAUUCUUGAGAGACUGCAACAGGUUUUGCAGAUGGAAACGCACAUACAGAACCAUAGUGACAGAGCACAAUAUAAUGAUGUGCAAAGUCUGCUUUGUGCAACACUACAGAGCGUGCUGAGGAAAGUAACUCCAGAGGAUGCACCCCAAAUUUCUGAUGCUAUAAUGACGGCACUGCUUCAGAUGUUCAAUUCAAACUCUUGUAAAUCUGGUGGUGUACAGGAAGAUGCACUGAUGGCUGUGUCUACUCUAGUUGAGGUUUUGGGUGAAGGCUUUAUGAAAUACAUGGAUGCAUUUAAGCCUUUCCUUUGCCUUGGCCUAAAAAAUCAUGCUGAGUACCAGGUUUGUGGUGCUGCAGUUGGAUUAACUGGGGACAUCUGCAGAGCUUUAAAAAUUAAAGUUCUUCCUUACUGUGAUGAAAUUAUGAUGUUACUUCUUGAAAACUUAAGGGACACAACUGUUCAUCGGUCAGUAAAGCCACAAAUAUUGUCAGUAUUUGGAGACAUAGCUUUGAGCAUUGGUGCAGAAUUCAAGAAGUAUCUUGAAGUAAUUUUUCCUACAUUGGCUCAGGCGUCACAAGCCCAAGUUGAUAGAAAUGAUUUUGACAUGAUUGAUUACCUGAACGAUUUACGUGAAGGUGUGUUGGAAGCCUAUACUGGUAUUGUACAAGGCUUGAAAGGUGACGGCCAGACUCCAAGCCCAGAUGUUCAGCUAAUGGAACCACAUGUGCCAUAUAUUGUACAAUUCAUAACAGUUAUUGCUCAAGAUACUGAUAGAAAUGACAGCAAUGUUGCAUGCUGUGCAGGACUCAUUGGUGACCUGUGUACAGCAUGUGGUGCUAAGAUGCUACCGCUAUUGGAUGUGGAGCCCAUUACAGAAUUAUUGACGCAAGGUCGUCGAUCCCGUGUCACAAAGACUAAAACUCUUGCUACUUGGGCCACGAGAGAAGUGCGUAAGCUGAAAUCUGCUGCAGUCACACCAGCCUCCAGUUGAUCCGCCUCUGUAUGUAUAAUCCCACAUGAAGAAAUUUGGAUGAAAUACUUUCUCAAUAUUAUUCCUACUUUUGGUUGUCUGCAAAUCCCCACUCCACUCUGAAGGCUCGUCCAGGGUGAAAGGCAGUGCAACAGAGUGAGCGAUUGAUUUAUAAUGAAUAAAAGAAAACAAAAUAGUACAGUGAUAAAUAUUCGUGUGCACAGUUACUGGAAACGAAGUAUGUGCGAACGAACGAGCGUGUGUCUGGUUGUUUGUUGUGAGAGGGACGCACCUACCAGGGCGAAAGAGUGUGCUUGAAGACUAUGGACCGACCGAUCGACGCAACUCGACAAGAUGUGAUGCAGUGUGAGGAAGGAUGGAAGAAGAUGCGUGUGGAUCAUUCGAGGCUAAUUCUGAUUACACAAAAUAUAUAAUUUUUUAACGAAAAAUGUCUUACUGUACGCCUUAUCUUCUGAUCGACGCAUGUCGCAUUUCCUCCUCUGCACAUUGUGUGUUUUUUCUUGCUCAGGAAAUUGUAAACAUGAAAAAAUUACAGUAUUUUCCAGCAGAGGAAGUAUGUUUAAAUGUUGCAGUGCAACUGACAUAUCUUACUGGUCAGAUUUGUUACCAAGAUGUGAAGUGCUUUGGUUAGAUACUUGAGACUUUUUUACCAUAAAAGGCACAUCACUCACUUAACUGCUGAUAUUUAUUUCAGUGAUGAAAAUUUGUUGAUUGAAGUGCCUUUAUAAAAGCAUAAUAAGCUGAGAAUAAUUGAUCUCAGUGGCUUUGAUAUGAAUGAAAAAUUAUGUUGCGUUUAUCGUCUGCCCUAUUUUAAAGGACAGGUCAGUAUUACUCCUAGUUUAUGAUCAGGGGUAAGUAAAUGUUACAAAUUCUGCGCUGUACAAUUUAAUUGUUCAUAAGGAGUCUCUGCUAGACCUUCCUGUAAGUGAGAUCCGAAAUAUUUUUAUAUAUUGCUGAGUUUAAUUUGUAUAGUGGAGUCAGGUUUCGUUAUAUUGUUUGAUGGCUGUUUUGCUCAUUAUUGGAGCAUGUAAGUAAUCAUAUUAUCAGAUUACUUCACAAACCCAUAAGGAUGGUUGUGUAAAUUUGUAACUAUUUGUAAGUCUUGUUUUUAGGUGACAUAGAUAAUAAAAAGUCCAAGGUAACUCACUGACCUGAACCAAAAAAAUUCUGUGAUUUGAGGAGGUCCUCAUGAGCAUUUCCGCACAUUGGGUGUUGAUUGAAUAGAAAUGAAUUGAGCUUGGUUAUGUGGUCACAUUUCUCAUGUUGUGGGUCAUUAUUUUUCUAAGCUGAUUCUGGAGUGUGACCAUUGCAACAGAUUAUGCAUUUAUCAUUUGCUAGUCUGGUUUCCGUUGUGAAAAUACUCAGGAAUAAGUAUGGUAUUUCUUAUUGAGCUUGGACCUCCUCGUGUAUUUCUGACUGAUGUGUGAUACUUGCGUCCCUGUGUGCCUGUGAAUAAAUUACAUGCCAGCCGAAGUGUGUUCAGUACCCUUCCAAAGGCAUGGAAGUACGUAAACUGCAUUGUAUCAAUGAGCCUAUGUGUAGUGUAUGAUAGUGUGUGCUAGUUUAUGGAUGUGUAUAUGCUUGUUGCUGAGAGUGCUAUUUAAUAUUUGAGAAGUAUGAAUGCUUGAUUUGCCAACGACAAAUGGACUGACAAAUGUGUUUUAUAUGUAAACCUUGUUGUGAAUGUUUUGGAUGCUUCUUGGGUGUUUGUGGAAGUGUGACAGAAUUGUGGAAAUGUGUGCCAUGAAAGUUCAACACCGUGAACAAAUUCCUGUACGAGUGUAACUUCAUUAACCUUCUAUUCCAAUGAUUGAUUUGGAAAUCUUCCAAGACAUUAUUCCUCUGUGAUCCCUUCAGUUUUCCACUCCCUGUUGCUGCUGCUACUGCUUGCUUCCAUGUGAAACCCAGGAGCUAUACGAGGGUUAGGUAUUAAUGUUACGGCAUUAAUUUUCGUAUGUAUUGCUUGACAAUGUUACUUUGGAUUGAAGUCGCAUAAAGUGAUUAUACAAUGCAGGCAGUUUGUGGCCUCAGUUAAACGUUCUGUAAUCAUUAGCACUUCAGCAUAGGGAAUUAAAAGUUAUAGCUAUUGUAAAUUCAAAUUAAUAAAACAAAAGUGUUCAACGUUCCUAAAACUGUUCUGCAUUCCCUAAAUCCAAUACUACCACCAUCAUGUUUUCAGUGACCAGAUAUUAUCUGGUUGAGCUCUCAUUUUCUGAGAUUUGUAGUUGAAUUCUACAGAUUUAUUAUGAUUAGUAGUUUAGUGACAUUUUGUUUGUUAAUUUGCUGUACUUCUGAUGGAAUUUAAUAAUCUUUAUGACUGUUUAAUCAGUUACUGUUGAUGUAGAGCUGCCAUGUAGCUACACAAUUCGACAGUAUGUUUCCAGAUCAGAAAUAUCAUUGUUAAUUUCUUUUAAUCUACCAGUUAUAAAGGCAUUUUAAAUAUGGAUUAGUAGAAUAAAAGUAAGAAAAAAAUAAUCACAAAUUGGGUUAAAUAAUUUUUAUUUUUGGUCUAUAACAUGUUAAUAAAUUGUGCAAAGUGUGCCCAGAAGUAGGCUGGCAUGAUUAUGUAAAUGUCCUUUUUUUUUUGCUAGCCAAGCUUCUGCAGUGAAAGUAAAAUCUCAAAAGUUUGUGUCUUAUACCUAUUCUGGACAUUCAAUUAUAGAAAAUAACAGGCAGAUGACAGGAGAUGUAAGUCCCUGUCCAGCAGAGGCUGUAAGUGGUGGAUCAUGUCAGUCUUGUGGCAAAUGUAAUCAUAUAUGUGUAACACCAGGUUUGUAAGUUCCUUAUGUAGGUUUGUUUAUGUAAUAGAUUGUCUGGCAAUCUUUUGAUAAAGCUUUUCAAGUAUACCAAAAACAAAUAAAAAUUUGUAGUGAGCAAA